AAACUGGGUGCACUAGAACUCAGACACAACGCAACUGCGGGUUCUCUCCUCCCCUUCUCCCUCCGCCGACGAAAAUGUUGGCGGCUCGCCGUCACACGACCUCCGCACCACUCCUCCGCCGCCUCUCCGCCCAGUCCAAAUCCAAGGCACAACCCCCUCCGCCACCGCUGACGCCGUAUGAUGAGGGCGUGGGGGCAUGGGCCCGUCGCGCGGCCGCGCUCUCGCUGCUGGGGCUCACCGGCGCCGUCGCCGCCAGCGCCGUCGGAGACCUUUUCGUUUUCCUCUCCUGCUCCAGACAGGCAAUGGAGAAGGCUACCCAGAACCAGCACAUAGUGUCUGCGAUGGGCGAGCCCAUCACACGGGGUCCCUGGUACAGCGCUUCCAUUGCCGUGAACCAUGCGGGGCAUUCCGUCUCCUGCACUCUCCCGGUGCUGGGGCCCCAAGGAGAGGGGCUUCUUAAGUUCAAGGCGGUUCGACUUGGAGAUGAAUCUUGGUUUUCGUUUCUUAAGCACAGUGACUGGGAGAUACUCAUAAUGGAUGCGAUCCUUGAUGUUCCUACUAAAGAUGGGAAGCAUCAAACAAUAAGGGUGACAGUUCCCGACAACAAAGCAGCUCCACCACCAGCUGACUGCAGGGCAUGCAAGUCACAGCCAACGCCAACGCCAAUGCCACCUCCAUCUCAAGAGAAGUGAACUUCAUGUGGAGACUUUCUUCGGUCUGGAGUCUGAACAUAGCUUGCAUGCGGUGAUUAUUUUUCUGUUACUCAUCCCUGGUAGAACACAUUGGACCAAGUAGGCAGGAGGCUCUUUUUUUUCUGAGAGGACAGGAAACUCUUUUCUGGUGUGCUGGCGAAUGAUAUAACAUAUAAUAGGUUAGACGAAUGUUCACUAGGGAGGUCAUAUCUCUCAGAAACUAGAUUUGCAUUAGGAUUGGAAGCAAGGAAAAGCUCAUAUUCUUUUGGGUGUGCAUAUGUCUCAGUCGACUGAGAUUUUGUUAAGUCUCAGUCACCUCAGAAAAGUGUAACUGCAGUUCAAAAAAAUGUGCAACUCGGAUCAGUUGCACUUUUCUAGUAGAAAAGUGCAAUUGCACUUUUUUAACAGAAAAGUGCAACUCAAGUGCAUUUUUGUGGGUGACUGAGAUUUAAGAAAUUCUCAGUUGACUAAGACAUAGCAAAACCGUAUUCUUUUGGUGGUUCAUUAUUCAUGAAAACUACAGAUAAAAGCGAGUUAA